UCUUCGCUUUCUCAUUCUAAGCCAUUCCUUCCUUUCUCCUCUUAUUCUCUAGCUUGUUUGAAGGGAUAAGACUGGGAGAAGAUGAAGCCACUGUUGCUUGCCUUCGUCUUCCUUGUCGUGCUUUCGCUCACGACCGCGCAGUCUCAGAUCCUCUUUCAGGGUUUUAACUGGGAGUCAUGGAGGAAACAAGGGGGCUGGUACAACUUUCUGAGGAGCCAAGUUCCUGACAUAGCCAGGGCUGGAGUUACACACGUCUGGCUACCUCCACCAUCCCACUCCGUCUCGGAACAAGGUUACAUGCCCGGUCGGCUAUAUGAUCUCAAUGCGUCAAAGUAUGGAACUCGGGAUGAAUUAAAGUCGCUGAUCGCGGCGUUCCACGACAAAGGGAUCAAAUGUGUGGCCGACAUCGUCAUCAACCACCGCUGCGCCGAGCGCAAGGAUGCGAGAGGAAUAUACUGCAUCUUCGAAGGCGGGACGAGCGACAGCCGCCUCGACUGGGGGCCGCACAUGAUCUGCAGCGACGACACGCAGUACUCCGAUGGAACCGGAAACCGCGACACCGGCGGUGACUUCGGCGCCGCGCCCGACAUCGACCACCUGAACCAACAGGUCCAGCAGGAGCUCACGGACUGGCUGAAUUGGCUCAGGACUGAUAUCGGCUUCGACGGCUGGAGGCUCGAUUUCGCCAGGGGAUACUCCCCGAGCAUCGCGAAAAUCUACGUGAGCCAUACCAGCCCCGGCUUCGUGGUUGCAGAGCUGUGGAGCUCUUUGACUUAUGGCGGCGACGGGAAGCCCGCCUACGACCAAGAUGGUAGCCGCCAAGAGCUGGUCAACUGGGUUCACGACGUGGGCGGUCCGGCAGCAGCGUUCGACUUCACCACCAAGGGUGUACUGCAAGCUGCGGUGCAAGGUGAGCUGUGGAGGCUGCGGGAUCCCCAAGGCAAGGCGUCGGGGAUGAUAGGGUGGUGGCCGGAAAAGGCGGUCACAUUCGUCGACAACCACGACACCGGUUCGACCCAGAAGCUGUGGCCUUUCCCUUCUGACAAGGUCAUGCAAGGCUAUGCUUACAUUCUAACACACCCGGGGGUUCCCACCAUUUUCUACGAUCAUCUGUUCGAUUGGGGACUCAAGGAUGAGAUCACUGGGCUGGCCGCCAUUAGGACUCGCAACGGGAUUCUUCCGGGCAGCACGCUGCGUAUUCUAGUUGCUGAUGCUGAUCUCUACUUGGCUGUGAUUGAUGAGAAAGUUAUGGUGAAGAUUGGCCCGAGAUACGAUGUCGGAAAUCUUGUUCCCGCCAACUUCCACGUAGUUGCCUCCGGUAAUGGAUACUGCAUCUGGGAAAAGAGGUGAUCGUUCCACGAUGAAGAAAGGUCUUGGUGGUCGUUUCUUUGCUUUUCUUUCUCUGCAUCACUGCUAUAGGUAGGUUUACGUAUGACCGUGGAGCUGCAUGGUCUCCUAGGAAUGGCAACAAUUCUUGUUGUAAUAGGCCAACCUGAGAAAUAAAAUCCAAAGCAUUUGGGUCA